CAGUUGUCUCUAAAAUAGCAUUUGUCGGUUGCGAGAACAGGUUUCUCUGUCUGCUUGGAACAAACAGACUGUUUAAGAGCAAUUCAUGGGUGUUGCACAAACUGCUGCCAUCACAGGAGGAGCAGUAGGAGCAGUGGGUAUAGUGCUCAUGGCCCCUGUGGCCUUGAGCGCCAUCGGCUUCACCUCAGCUGGGAUAGCAGCGGGCUCCUACGCUGCAAAGAUGAUGUCGGCUGCUGCCACUGCUAACGGAGGCGGGGUGGCAGCAGGAAGCCUGGUGGCGAUUCUACAAUCUGCAGGUGCAUCCGGUUUUACAGCGUCCGCCAACACGGUUCUGGCCAGCAUUGGAAGUGCUCUUGGAACCUGUGUUGGAGCUGCAGUGGGAUGGCUGUCAAACAUCUUUCAGAAACGAAACGAACAAAAAAGAAGGGAGGAAGCGAUGGCAGUCGUUCUGUUUGGCAUCGCUGCAGGAGCUUUAUUUAUGUGGUCAAAACACUAAUUAUUAUUUUUGCUUUCUCAGUAUCGGUGACCUCAUGUUAUACAUUUCAUCCCAUUUCUGCUUCAUUGGUGCUCCAGUUAAACAAAAUAAGACAAAACCCAACUUUCAUUAAAUUCUUUACAGAAGGUUUAAAAUAUAUUAAUACCCUGUGAUACAUCAAUACAAAGCAUAGUUGUGAAAUAGAAGAAACAUGAUUCAUGGAUUUCCAAUUGGCUACACCGUAAAACUAAAUUUGUAUCCACUCCCCUCUUGGUCUGUAAUUUUUUUUCUUGAACUGCCUUUCACUGCAGAUUUGAAAUUACUUUUUGAUUUUGAUUUUUUUCAGUUGAAACCAGAAGUUUACACGUAGCAAAUAAGUAUAUGUAAACUUCUGGUUUCAACUGUAAAUGGAAUCUUUAAGGAAAAUAAUCCCCUACUACCUGAAUAAAGAAAAUAUGUAUUCUGGUAAAUGGUACGGAGUGUCGUGUAAAGUGGAGUUUGGCCUCCCUGAAGUCCAGAUUUAAAGAGUACUUAAAAAUUGAUCUGUUGAAAUAGCAAAAGGUUAUGUGAAAUUUGGAAAUGUCAUUUUGACUGGCCUACAGUUUAAAAGGACUGUGAAGCAGCACUACUUAUUGGUAAUUGUCACAAUAAUCAGCAAUCAUGUUUAAUGUGUUUGCGAAUUAGAAACGACCACACCACUACAAGUCAACAGCCUUCAUUAAACUCUGAUCAACUUCAAAGUUGAUCAGAGUUUAAUGAAUGUGUCUCAAGUAGAUGGUAGAGGAAAGGUUGGGAAAAGAGGAAGUGAAAGGACAAAAACACAACAGGAGUUAUUUAACACAUUGAUGCACCACUGAAUUUUGAAACAGCAUUAUUUGGAUUUGCUUUUCCAAUAAAAUUUGCAAAAAAAUUCCUGAAUAAAACUGGUU